AGUUCCGACCAAACUAAUAAGGUUUCUCUCUCCUCCAACUUGGGAACUUCCCCGGUCGUCGAUCUUCUCUCUCUCUCUCUCUCUCUCUUUAUCGCACGCUCUGGUGCUCCGCCAACUAAAAGCACUAACUACAUACACUUGCGCUUUCUAAAGAUCAAUCUUUGUCGCUUCCUAUAGCCAAUUAAAAACAAAAAAAUUGUUUCUUUUUGUCAAUUUCUCGAAUUCCCAACGAAUUUUAUCCGUUCAUCACUCGCACAGUCGGAUCUCAUCGACCCUUUAUUGCGUCUCUCCGUUGGGAUUCAAUAUUUUCCUCUUCGAUUAACUAGGGUUUCUGUGUUAAAGAUUUCGCUUUUACGGAAGGAUUCUGAAUACAGCGAAGAAGGUUUGAAGAAAAGGGGGUAGUUUCAUCUGAAUGUAAAAGUGUAUGGUAGGUCUACACAUUGAUAUGGAAGCGCAGAUUCAUGUUCUUGAGCAGGAAGCUUAUUAUGCUGUCUUAAGGGCUUUGAAAGCUCAGGCUGAUACUCUCUCUUGGGAGAAAGCAAGCAUGAUGACAAGUCUACGUAAAGAAUUGAGGGUAUCUGAUGAUGAACACCGAGAGAUGUUGAACAAUGUCCAAAAUGACGAUAUCAUCGAAAGAAUUAAUGAUUCGAGAAAGGGAAAUAAACAGUCCCUCGCUGUUGUUCCUAGUCCGACUUUUUCAGCUUCUCGGAAGAAACAGAAGACGUUCCAAUCCUAUCCGUCGAUUGGUUCUACUAGGAACAGGAUAAUCAGUAACCGUGUAGUAACAGCAAACGAACCUGCUGAAGCUCUUAUUGGAAGAAAAGUGUGGACAAAAUGGCCUGAAGACAACAGCUUCUAUGAAGCAGUAGUUACACAAUACAAUGCAGAUGAGGGUCGACAUGCGUUGGUAUAUGAUAUAAACACAGCGAAUGAGACAUGGGAAUGGGUUGAUCUUAAGGAGAUUCCACCGGAAGAUAUAAAAUGGGACGGAGAGGAGAAUGGUGUAACUCUAAAUGUACGGCAUGGCGGUGGAACAACCCGUGGGAGUCGAGCAACCUUAAGUCAUGGUGGUAGAGGGAGAGGUCCAAGAAUUCAGCCAAGAAGAGAACAUUUAGCAACAGAAAACGGUGGUGGGAGGAAGUUUAUGGAUGAGAUUGAAUUGUUCAACACAGACUCACUUGUGAAAGAGGUCGAGAGAGUUUUUGAUUCCAACCUUCCUAAUCCGCAUGAGCUUGAUAAGGCCAAGAAACUACUCAAGGAACAUGAACAGGCUCUUAUUGCUGCCAUUGCAAGGCUUGCGGAUGCUUCUGAUUACGAAAGCGAUGGAGAAGAACCGUAUUCGCAUGAGCUUACAAUGCUUGGAUGACAGUGGGAUAAAGAAAGAGAUUCACCAUCAUCAAUCUUAGGAAAAAAAUGACCUGCAAUAUUUCUUUUUUCUUCUUCUUCUUCUUCUUCUUCUUCUUCUGCUUUGCUUUGCGGGAUCCCUGCAAAAAGAUUUUGUUCAUCUGAUCCACUUGAUGAACAUCAUUAGUAUUCUUCUAGGUUGUGUGUUUCAGAAUGUAUGAAAAAUAAUACCUAGGAAUUUUGUAUGUAAAGAGACUAUUAACGAUAUUUUUUCCACCCCUUUUUGAAAACAUAAGAUUUUGUCAGCUGGUAA